ACGAGGCCGAGCGACGACGAAGCUGCAUUCACGGGCGCGCAACCCGCGGCUGUAGAUGCUGCUGCGCGCGGCACGACGGCCCACGCCGUUCGCGAGCACAGCCGCGCCUCGGCCAGCGAGCUCGAGGACUGCGUAUGGCCGGACCCGCCACCACCCUCCGCCGCUAACGCCAUCGGCGGAGGCUGCCUCGUGAACGAUGUCUCCCGCAUGUCGGAUUUCCGCGGGACGAUGAUUGACCGCAUCUUCUUCCCGCGAGACGAGGGCGACAUCGUAGACGUUCUCGAGGAAGCCCUGCGGCUCGGCCGGCGGGUCGCCGUCCGCGGAACUAAGCACAGCAUGGGCGGCCACAGCAUCGCCCCCGGCGGCUUUCUCCUCGACAUGAAGUGCAUGAAGGAGAUGAGUUACGACAGCGCGGCCGACACCGUCACGACGGGCCCUGGCGCCCUCUGGUCCGACCUCAUCGUCUUCCUCAACAAGCGCUGCAAGGCCCCGCGGACGAUGCAGUCCUACUGCACCUUCAGCGUCGGCGGCACCCUCGCGGUCAACGCGCACGGCAUCACCACGGACUUCUGCUUCGCCGAGAGCGUCGUGAGCUUCCGCCUCGCUCACGUCGUCCCCGCGGCGGACGGACGCGGGCACCGGGUGAAGAUAACUACUUGCCACCCGGGCGACGAGCUCUUCCGCCUGGCGCUCGGCGGCUACGGCCUCUUCGGUGUCAUCACCGAGGCGACGCUGCGGGUCGUCGACAACAUGCAGCUCGAGCUCGACACGCUCGACGUCAAGGUCGACGGCGGGGAGUUCGUCGCCUACUACGAGGAGGCCCGCCGCUGCUCUGAGAAGCCCUCGACCAAAGCCGGGAAGGACGAGGGCGAGGACAGUUGCAGCGCUGAGGCCGUCGCCCGGCAGAAGGUCGCCGUGAAGAUCGCGCGGCUCAACAUCCUCGACCUCAACAGGGUGCAACUUUUCGUCUACCGGCGCGCCUACUCCUGCAACACCAUCUCAGGGACCCUCGGGCUCCACGCCCAUGUAAUGCCGAUGAAGACGCGCCUGCUCUACAAGUGGCUCAUGCCAGCGAUGAAGGAGGUCCGCUUUGCCAUCGAGGGCCUGACGGGGCAGGCGAUCGACAUGGCCGACGAGACGGGGGUCACCCGCAGCGAGCUCCUCUUCGAAAGCGCCGUCCCGCUCGCCAAGCUAUACGAGCCGAUGUUCGUCAGCGACGAUUCGUUUGUCCUGCAGGAGUACUUUGUCCCCGCGGCGCGCUUCGGCGAGUGGAUCGAGCGCGCGCGGCCGAUCUACCGCGAGCUCACCGAUGCGCACGGGGAGUCGGCGCGACAGCGCCUAAUGCUGCUCAACACGACGAUCCGCUUCGUAGAGCACGACACAUUCACCUUCCUCUCCUACGCGGGCGCCCCCGGGGGCAGCUACGCGUUCGUCCUCUACUACCGGAUCCCGCGGACGGCCGCGGCCGAUGAGGCGCUCGGCCGCGUCCACAACACUUUCGCCGAGAUGACGGUCGACCUGGGGGGGACCUUCUACCUCCCCUACCGCAAGUGCUACUCGCAAGAGCUGCUCGCGCUCGCCUACCCGCAGAUCCACGAGUUCGCCGCGAAGAAGCAAGCGCACGACCAACUCGGGAUGUUCUCCAACUGCUGGUUCGACCACUACGUGAGGCCGCUCUGCGCCGCCGGCUACGGGGAGGCCUUUCUCGCCGGGAGUCGCCUCCUUUGUGAGGGGCCCUUCGAGCGGGUCGACGGCGGAGGCGGCGCCCUCGCGAGCCACCUGGACCUGCCGAGAGCCGGCGACGCCGACCUCGUCGCGCGGAGCGGCUCCUACCGCGCCCUGCUCAGCAAGCAACGGCUGCGGGAGGAGUUCCAAAAUCUCUUCCUGACCAAGAUCUUCAACCUCGCUGACAAUAAGGAAGUCAUGCGCGCGAUGACGAAAGCUGCGUGGAAUCCGCGCAACGCCGACGACCUCGCCAUCUUCCGCGCGCUCCGCGAGCACUUCCACGGCAGAGCAGCUCCGGUGGCAACGGCCACGGCGCGACAGCGGCCGCGGGACCUCGACCUUGCCUUUGGGGCGACGGCAACGGACGAAGACAAGAACGAUGAUGGCGACGCGCCAGUCGAGAACGCCUGCGACGAGAAGUGGACGAGCACCGAGCUCGCGGCGAAGUGCUGCGACACGAUGGUGGCCGCCGGCAAGUUACGGGCGACGCCGGCGUUCAUCAGAGAAGGCCAAGAAGCUAAAUUGGUGAAGAUCUUCGAGGGCGCCAAGCUCGACGGCGCCAAGGUCCUCCAGUGCAAGAACGCGAGCGAACUCGAAGUCAUCAUCCGGAACGCGACCGAGGGCGAGGACUGGGUCGACCACGUCCAGUCGGCCAUGAAGACCUUUCUACCGGCCGAUAUUCAAAGAGUGAAGGUCGGCACGAUGGAGACUCGUGGGGGAGGCGGCGCCGUCGCAAAACUGAAACGGGCGAUUGCGGGAAUCAAGCAGCUCCACAGGCAGAAGAUCGAGCUGGUGAGGGAGACCGCUGCGAUCCUCGCCCGACUCGGCAAGGCGCGCGGGCGGAGCGGCGACGCCGGCGACUUCACCUACGCCUCCUUUGGCGACAACGGCAAGCUCGUCCUCAAGCUCCGCGCGGCGCUCGGCCUCCGCGGGAAGAGCUACGUCUGCCACGACGCCGAGUGCGGCGACGACGAUCUCCCGGCGAUCCUCGAGCGCGGAAGCCUCGACCCCGUCGGCGAGUACGUCAAGUUCGACUACAUGGAGGGGCUGGUCGAAGAGGAACACGGCAACAGGACGACCGACGAGGUCUGCGCGGCUGCGGCCGACGGCGAUCCGGGGGCAUGGCUCGCCGGCGUCCGCGCGCGGAUCCCCGACGCCAGCGUGGACCUCGCCACCAUCAACCAGGGCCUCCAUCACAUCCCCCCCGCGCGGCUCAUCCCCUACCUCCGCGAGGUCGGGCGGAUCCUCCGCCCCGGGGGCGUCUUCCUCAUCCGCGAGCACGACCUCGACCUCGACCGCGCGAGGGACCGCCGCCGCGGAUGCCCGGUGGAGGUCUUGGACCUCGCGCACAGCGUGUUCAACGCGAUAACGGGGGUGACGGAGGCCGUCGAGCGCGCCGAGGUGCGCGCCUUCCGCCCGCUUUCGGAGUGGCGCGCGAUCGUCUGCGGCGGUGCCGGGCUCGUCGACGCGAUGCUCGAGGGGCUCGAGGAGGGCGACCCGACCUGCGACGAGAUGCUCGCCUUCUACAAGCCACCCCUGCACCCAGCGGUGUCUGAGGAGGAGAACGGGCACGAAGUGUCCUGCUCGGAGACGGCCGCCGCCGACGGAGACGUCUCCGAACCGCCUAUCGUCACCCUCGUCAAGACGCUCCUCUCGCAGAUCCCCGCCGCCGCGAUCGGCACCCUCGAGAGCCUCACGGGGAGCCUCGCCGGUGGCCUCAAAGCGCUCGUGCCGAAGCUCAGAGAGCUCCUGCUGACGACCCUCCCGCGCAUGACUGGCAACGCCGCCGUCGCCGGGCUCGAGCCGUCCGUUUCCAAGUACGUCGGCGUCGCCGUCGACGCGGUCGAUCUCCUCCGAGGUCUCGUCGCCGAGGCAGAGGUCAAGGAUCAUCUCGACGUCGACGUCCUCCACGGCGAGUUCUUUCUGAUCAUCCCGGCCAUCGAGCGGAAGGUCCGACUCCGGCCCGACGCGGCCAGCGAGGCCGAGAAGACGCUCAUCCGUGUCGUGCGGGACUACAUGCCGGCGCUCCUGCUGACUGCCACAUCCGCGACGGCCGACGGUGGCGGAGAUGAGACAAAGACCGCCGUCGAACCGGCCGCCGCCACCGACGGGGACGUGCGCGGCUCGGAAGUUUUGGCGGCCGUGGAGCAGCUCGCGACGCACGUCCCCGGCCUCCUCUCGCCGAAGACGCUCCGCCAGAGCGGCUUCAACCUCCGGCAGCAGGCGGUGCUCGUCGGGAAGUUCGGCGGGCGCGACCUCGCGAGCACGGCGGCGACGCUCGCCGGCUUCCUCGACCGGGCGACGUGGGUGGUGGUCCGGCGGGAACUCGAGGGCGUUGCGGCGGCCGGGGGCGGGCUCCCGACGCGCGACCGGCUGCUCGGCGAGAGCAGGGUCGGCCGCGCGCACGCCUGGCACCGCGUCGCGCGCGCCUUCCUCCGCUCGCCCCGCGUCCGGCUCGAGAAGAAGGGCAAGUUUGCGCUCAAGGUCAUCGGCCUCGGGGCACUUGUUGACCUCCACGACGGCGUCAAGGCCGAGGUCGACGCCGAGCGCCGCGCGGGCGGCGGCGGCUCGGCGGCGGCGAUUACGACCGUGGUGCCGAGGCUCCCGCGCGCCUGCCUCGCCGCGGUCCACGCCGGCACGUGCGCGCUCGCUGAGCUCGGCGGCGUCGAGGCCUCCGUCACGCUGCGAUUCGACGACGGCGCGGACAAGUACGUUCUCGAGGACGUCGGGGUGAUCGUCAGCGCGACCUUCGGCUACAAGUCGCUCACGAGCGCGCCGAGCGACAUCACAAAACAAAUGCGCGCCAUGCACGCGGCGCAGGUGCGCGAGCGCGGCGGGGCGCCCGGGCGGCUCGUCGUCCGCGAGGGCGCCUGCGUGCGCGCUCGGAACUCGGCCAGCGGGUUCCUCGAAGGACUCGACGGAGCGCGCGCCGCCGUUGUCAAGCUCGGGACGCUCGGUCUCGCUGGGAACAACAAGCUCAAACUCAAGUACCGGCGGCUCGAGUGCGGGCAGGGCGCGACGGACGGCCGGGCGAAACUGGAGGCAGCGGCCGAGACGAUCCGCGGCGCGCUGCGGGGCGGCGGCGCAACCCGGGACCUCCACGGCGGCGAUGGCGAGUUCACCUGGUACAAGCUCAACGAGUGGAUGCAGGUGGAGAUCCUGGAGGUCAUGGCGGCCAGCCUGGACCACACCCCGUGGUACCGCUUCCCCUUCUUCGAGGUCCUCGGCGUCUACUUCGACGUUCUCCGGACCGAGAGCGACCUCGUCGCGGCGAAGUACGGCCCGGCGAAGGCCUACGCCUCGAUGGCCUUCGUCACCGACCUCGUCCCCGCGAUCGUCAUGAGCGCCCUCUUCGCCCAGCUACACCUCAUGGCGAUGCCGCUGAGGGCUGCCCUCGGCGGGGAGGGCUACCUCGAGGACGGCGCCGACCCCGAGCGGUUCCUCGAGGAGAUCGUCCUCUACGCGAGAAUCAAGGGCGAGGCCUCGCUCGCGGCUUUCUUCCGGGGCGCGGUCGACCCGAGGAUCAGCGAGGUUAAGGCAGUCGAGCCGCACCUCGCCGCCGGCGGUGGGCAGAUCAUCGUCCUGACGGUGCCGCCGUUCAAGGCACUCGGCGAGAUUCUCGUCGCCCUCGCGCGCGCCGUCCCGACCGCGCGCGUGCUCGAGAUAUCGAACCAGAGCGAGGUCCAGGUCCGCGUCUCCUGCGAGGCGCACCGCGAGGCCGAGGCCGAGGCCUGGCUCGCAAGGCUGCGGCCGGGCGUCAAGCCCGUCGCGCGCUACCAGUUCCCGAUCGCCGCCGAGAGCGCGACCGCGCCGGCGAGGAAGCAGAUUGCGCUGAGGGUCGCCGCGACGCAGCUCAUGUCGCUGAUGCGCGGGUGCGGCGACGAGGGUGGGGCGCUGCGGGUCGAGCAAGUCUACGAUUUCUGGUGUGGUUGA